CUCAUUGUGGUUUUGAUUUGCAUCUCCCUAAUGGAUGACUUUGAGCUUCCUUUCAUGUGGUUGUUUGCCAUUUGAAUGUCCUCUUUGAUGAAAUAGGCUUCAAAAAGAAUGAUAUGCCACCUAUCAUGUCCAGGGAAGAAUUUUUUAACACUUCUUAUAAUUGGGAGAACAGAGAAUCUCAUCUACUUAGUUGCCUAGCUUUUCUUGGAUUCAGUCACUAAUGCAGAUGACGUAUGUUUCCAUGAGGAAGUCUUUUGAGGUUCAGGUUUAUAGAUAACAUUUUCUAAUCUUCACCUCAGAUCCAAAGUGUGGACCUGGUUGGAUGCCUUCCCAUCUGCUACAUACUAACUUUGUAGGCAGAGGUGGAAAUACCCUGAAGGCUUUAUUCCAAGGAGAUACUAAAAUUUUUUAAGGGAAAUUAUGAAAUCUGAGUGACUGGGGUAUUAAUUGUGUACUGGAGACAUUAACAGAGAGACGUCAAGAGAGUCAACUCGGCAGUUUGGUAAUGUGAACUCAGACACAAUCACUGCUACUCACUCACUUUGCACAUUGUGUCUAUGACAUAACACCACCUUUCCCAAGUGUACGCCCAGGUUGAUAGGGGUGACAGUAUGAAUUAAUUCAUCAUUGACAAGCUUUUCAGGGGAUUCUAAAGGAUUCCAAAGUUUGACAACCAUUGUUCUGCAAAUGGAUUUCAUUGUUUUAAUCCAUUUGAAGGCAUGGAAUAAUUCUUUACUUCAUCUUCAUAACUUGGUACAACGUGUUGAAAUAGAGUGGGUGCUCAAAUAAAAUUUAAACCUUCAGAAGGAUUGGAGGGAGAAGAACAAAGAGGAGUGAGUGGAAAGAUUUGAAUAUUUCCUUAGGUUCAUAAUGUAGACAAAAACAUUUCUUUCUGAAGUAGUGGUUUUCAAACUUCAGCAUACAUCAAAAUCACUUGGAAGUCUUGUUAAAACAUAAACUGCUAGUCCUCAUCCCAGAGUUUAUCAUCAGUAAGUCUGGAGUGGGUCCCAAGAACUUACAUUUCUAACAGGAUUUCAGGUAAUGAUCCUGUGAGUGUUGAGGAACCACACUUUUGAUUAUCUGUCACUGCAUCUUUUCCAUGAGAUUCACCAACAAUAUGGAACCCAGAAAUCAAAGAGUUGUUUCAGAACUCCUUCUUCUGGAACUUAAAGAGGAUCCAGAAUUGCAGCCCCUCCUCUUUAGCCUAUUUCUGUCCAUAUACCUGCUUGCCCUCCUGGGAAACCUACUCAUCAUCCUGGCUGUCAGCUCUGACUCUCACCUCUACACCCCCAUGUACUUCUUUCUCUCCAGUCUCUCGUUCACUGAUAUCUGUUUCAGCACAACCGCGAUCCCGAACAUGCUAGUGAACAUCCAAGCACAGAAUCACAGCAUCAUUUACAUAGGGUGCCUUACCCAGGUCUGCUUUGUCCUGGUUUUUACUGGUUUGGAGAAUUUUCUCCUUGCAGCAAUGGGCUAUGACCACUAUGUGGCCAUCUGCCACCCACUGAGGUACACCAUCAUCAUGAACACCUGCCUCUGUGGCUUGCUCUCCCUACUCUCCUUAUUAAUCAGCAUUGUGAAUGUCCUACUUCACAGCCUGAUGGUGUUGCAUCUGUCCUUCUGCACAGACCUGGAAAUCCCUCAUUUCUUCUGUGAACUUGCUCAGAUUCUCAACCUCGCCUGUUCUGAUAGCACCAUCAAUUACAUCCUAGUGUAUUUGGUGGCUACUGUAUGGGGUGGUGUUCCUCUCUCUGGAAUCAUUUUCUCUUACACUCAGAUUGUCUCCUCUACUUUGAGAAUGCCAUCAGUGGGUGCAAAGUAUAAAACUUUUUCCACUCGUGGGUCUCCCCUCUCAGUUGUCUCCUUAUUCUUUCAGACAGGCUUUGGUGUGUACAUCAGUUCUGCAUUUACACACUCUUCCAGCAAGACAGCAGUAGCCUCAGUGAUGUACAGUGUGGUCCCUCAAAUGAUGAACCCUUUUAUCUGCAGCCUGAGGAACAGGGACAUGACAGGGGCCUUGAGGAAAAUCAUCAGUAGGAUACCAUCAUUUUAG